AUGCAGACUCCAGCGUCUAUGGUGAUGGGGAUAGUCUUCGCCCCAUUGGGUCUGGUUCUGCUCUUCACCGCUGCCAUCACCCCUCAGUGGAGAGAGGGUCAUACGCGUCUGGACUUGGCCAAACCUGGCUCCGUUCUCCUCCGGAUGGUGGUUAAAAGCCACAGUCUGGGAACCCCGGACGGGCUGUUGCUGGUCCGCUCAGAUGGCUUGUGGGAGAGUUGUCUGCAGUUGGAGCACUCUGAACUGAAGCAGUGUUGGCCAGCUGCGGGUCCUUAUCAGCGAGACCGUCGGGUUCGCCUUGUCCAAGGCUUGGUCCUGACAUCUCUGUUCCUGUGCGGCACCGGCAUUCUCCUCGCCUGCAUCGGGGUCCGUUGCUGGACCGACCUGCCGCUGCGUGGGGUGGCAGCUACGGGCGGGCUCCUGGUGGUAGUGGCCGGGCUGCUCAGCAUGACAGCGCUAGGGGUCUACACCCACAACCUGUACAGGCUGGGCACCGAGGACACCCAGAAGGACCCGAAUAACACCAGGUUCCCUCGGUUGAGCUUGCGCCCGGCUGGCUCGCUGUACUUCGGGUGGUUGGGUUCGUGCUUGCAGGUACUUGGCGGGAGCGCCUUGGUGUUUAGUUUUAAGAGACCCCGAUGCCGAACCUGCCCGGACUUAGCGGCUUGCCCCGCUAGUCGGCCGUGCUCUGAAGUUCGCAACAAGCCCGACACGGACAUGUAUGAAGUCAGCUGUUAG